UCACAUGAUUUCAUUCAACAAAACAUCACCAAACGGUAACAUCUACCAUGUGACAUGUAUGAGCACACUGAUUACCUUUUAAUGGAUUGAUUUGAUAGAGAAGAGAGCAUUUGGGGAGAGCUUCCCCACUGGAGUUUAAGUUCCCCAGCAAGGGCUUGUGUAUUAAGUAACCCUUGCCAUUUUCUAGUCUUUCCUGUCAUUAGUUGAAUGAACGAGUAGACAUGGGAGUUUUGGAGGAAGAUAUGACCUUAAUUGGCCGCACAAGUUUCCUUAAGCAUUUUACUUCUAUGGAGAUUUUUGGGGUGUGUGUGUGUGUGUGUAUAACAGUGGACUUCAUCCACAGCACUUUAUAGCAGUCUGCUCUCAUAGCUAGUAUCUCCUGUGAAAAACAAGCAACUAGAAACUAAACUAAACAGGACAGCAUUCUUUCUCUAGUAUUUUACAAGUCAGAAUCCUAACCAGGCACCCAGCACAGCUUCAGUGUUUCAAUACUGGGCGUCUACUAAGAAACCAAAGACAACCCAACCCAGAACUGGUCGGAGGAUGAUUUGCAAUCAGUACUUACUGUCACUGUGUUGUUGUUUCUAGUUCCGGCAGUGAAGUGACCUUUCCAAAUAUAAGAAGAAUAAAGAAGUCACCGCCCCGGCUGUCGACAUCUUCCAGCACAUUGAGCAAGAAUAUUUUAAGUCCCACAGCAAAGACAGUUCAUCACACCUUAGAUGAUGAUCAGCCAUGUGAUUUUUUCAAGAAAAGGAAUAGGAUGAGUGAACCGCAUCAGAAAAGCAUCGGUGUGGACGCUGGCCCGUCUUGGAGUCGCGUGCGGCCUUCGAGGAGCUCGUCCGGACCCGGGCCGCGUGCACCGCAGGCCCCCCGCGCCUGCGCCUCCGCGUCUUCCCCCCAGGUGAGCCGCGCCCCGGCGGCGGGGGCGGCCCAGCCCGCGGGGGGCCCCCCCGGGCCCGGGAGUCAGGGGGCCCAGGGGGGCUCGGGGCACCGGCUGCUGGCGGGCCUGGGGUCCAUGAAGAUCCUGGAGGAGGACGCCGACCAGGACAGCGCCAGCGACCUGUCCGACUCGGAGCGGGUCCCCCUGCCCCCCGCGCCCCUGACGCCCCCCGACCUCCACCUGCGGGCCGAGGAGAUCGACCCCACCUCCCUGGAUCUCCACCCGGGGCCCGGCGCGGGGCCCGGCGCCUACGGCUACCCGGACUUCCUGCCGCCGCCCUGCCGCGCCUGGGACCUGCGCGACCCGGCCCUGCUGCAGAGCGCGGAGCGCCGGGCCGAGGCGGCGGCCCGCGCGGGGCCCUGGGGCGGCUACGUCCACCGGCUCCUCCAGCUGGGGGCGCUGCAGCUCCGGGCCGCGCAGGCCGAGCGGAGCCGCGGGGCCCGCGCCCGGAAGAAGGAGGCGCCCCGCGAGGAGGGCCCCCCGCCCCGCUGCGCCCCGGAGGCGUGCCCCAGACGCGGGGACGGGCCCCCCGGGACCCGGCCCCCGCCUCAGAGGCAGACCCCCGAGACGCGGGCCGAGGAGAGCUCGAGAAGGAAGGCGGGCCCGAGCCCCCGGCCGCCGCGGCCCUGGGAUUCGCCCCGCGGUGACCACCACCCCAAGAUGGAAGCCAACGGCAACCUCCGGCUCCCCAGGCACGCGGCCGUGCUGCUGGACCCCGCCGAGGCCGGCCGCGCCCCCAGGACCCAAGCCCACGCCCAUCUGAAGAAGAAGGGGAACGUGAACAACUGCGGCCCCGGCACCGCGUCCAGCGAGAAGAAGCUCAGGACCAGCGGAGGAAAGCCGAGCGCGUGCCGACUGAAGUAGUGUCCGGAAGAAUGCCUUGCAGACCCGUGGAGUCCCAACCGCUUCCCCAAGGGACCGCUUCCCCAAGGGACCGGGUCCUGGACCUUGAAACGCGAGGUGAUGGUUGACUCUUAGGCGGUCACUUUGAAAUUGUGUCAAGUAAGUCCUCCUUUGAAUGAGCAGUCAUCAGCAUCUGAGAGUGAGUCCCUUAGGUAAAGAUCACCCAAGGGGUAAACAAGGAGGCCCGCCAGUCACAGGUCCUCGCGUUUGAAAUAAAGCCCUUCUGGCUACCGCCUCUCCUGCCUUUUCAUAAGCUCCUGAAGCUACGUUUCUGUUUCACCCCCAGGAGAAGCCUUAGUUCCUCCCUGAGUUAGGGAGCGCUGGAGUUUCUAUUUUGAGCAGUCAUUUAUCACUAAGCUGCUGGCUUGCCAGAGACAAUGGCAUCUAGAAUGUUAAUGGGUCUCUCUGACAUGGUUUUUAAAGGGUAUGUUAAAUUUAGAGGUGUAGCGAAGACCAUGGAGUUCUGUAAUCCCAGUGUAAUGUCUGUGGGCCUGAGCAGGGUUAUUGAUUUGGGUGGGGCUGGAACAGGAACCACUUGACACCUUAACCAUUUGACAGGCAAACUACUUCUCGAAGAACUGUGAGAAGCCGGCCUCUUAAAAGUCAUGAAGGAAGGGCCAGUGGUCCUGGCCUAUAACAGUGACUAGUAGCCAGUUUCAGCUUCUCAUCUUGUCUGCGGGUGGGGAGGGAGAGGCUGGAUUUCCACACAGAAGGGAGUGGACUGGGGGUAGAGUUGCUGGAUUGGCCCCGAGCCCCUUGGCUGCCCCAGGGCGUCCUGGCUGUCCUGUGGGAAGCUUGCUUAGCCACCUUUGCUCCUUCCUGGGCCUGUACUGUGAGCUUUCCAUGGACAUUUGUGGAUAUGUGUCAAACGUUUGGUUGACUGUCUCUUUAUAGACUAUGUCUUAAUUAUUUUGCUUGAUUUUUAUCCCUUGAAACAAUUAUUGUAUUGGUUUCUUUCUUUUUUGGCAUCCAAGUUUCUCCCCCCCGCUUUUUUUUUGUUUAUCCUGGAGACAGUGAAAAACCUGGCAUGUUACAUCUGGACAUACAUAAUAGCUUGAGAAUUCUUUACACUAUACUGUCAUCAGAAACAACAUAAGGAGAUGUACUUAUAAUUAAAAUAGGGAAGGUUAAAUAAGAUUAGCUUUUAAAAUUGGACAUUAAGCUUGCUAGGCAUAGGCCAUUUUUAUGAUAAUCUUUGUCUUUCAAGGCUUUCCUUCCAGAUUUAUUCAGAUUCUCUUUUUAUUUAUUUUUGUGCCGGUCCUGGGCUUGAACUCAGGGCCUGGGCGCUGGCUGGCCUUGAGCCUCCUUUUUACUUAAGGCUAGCAUGCUGCCACGUAAG